GAUUCCGCCGCCGAAAUUUUUGCCGUUGAGCGUCUGGCUUCAGGUUCCAUCUGCGAUUCCCCGAAUUCUUUCUUCGAUCUAGGUGCUUCAGCCCACCGUAUCCUUACCCAGGUCGUCGUCACGGGCGCUCGAGUAUUCGGUCGAGCCUUCGCAGAAGCUUACAAGCAGGCGUCCGCAUCGUCCAAAUACGCCCAGGCAAAUAAGGGAAAGGGAGGAAGCUCAAGCACGUUUGCAUCUUCCGGCUUGACACUCGAUGAGGCUUGCAAGAUUCUCAACGUCAAGCCACCGGCCGGUGGAGAAACGAAUGUGGAACAGGUGAUGGAGCGGUUCAAGAAGCUGUUUGAUCUGAAUGAUCCCAAAAAGGGCGGCAGCUUCUAUCUGCAAAGCAAAAUCUUGCGCGCUCGCGAGAGAAUCGAGAUGGAGAUCCGACAAGCGGAGCGCAAAGCCGCACAGGAGAAAGAACUCCGGGAAGGCUGGAAUCCCAAGGUGUACAAGGACCGGUGA